CCACCCAGGAGGAGCAUGGUGCCCCGCGCGGUGGGCGGCAUGGAGGGGCGCGUGGCAGAGGGGCUGCGCGGCGCCCUGGGCCCCUUCGGCUUCGAGGUGCACGCCUUCAAGGUCGGAUGGUACAAUGCUAUUCUCCAGCCAACCUUUCAUCUCCCCUACCCAGAUGACACACUGGCCUUCGUGGUCCUCAGCACGCCUUCAAUGUUUGACAAAGCCCUUAAACCUUUUGUGAACAAAGAACGGUUAAAAAUAAUCAGGGAUCCUGUGGAUCAGUGUGUUUCUCAUCAUUUAUCACGUGUGAAGGAGAAAUUCCCUGACCAGAAAGUGGAUGUCAUCUUUGAUUAUGAGAUCCUGCCAAGCCGAAAGCCCAAGUUCUUGGCGCAGACAGCUGCCCAUGUUGCUGGAGCGGCAUAUUACUACCAAAGGAAGGAUGUGAAGCUUGAUCCUUGGGGGAGAAAGAAGAUCUAUGGUGUAUGUAUCCAUCCCAAGUAUGGCGGUUGGUUUGCUAUCCGGGGUCUCCUCGUGUUCCCAGAUAUUCAGGUACCGUUCCUGGAACAGUCUGCCCCUGUUGACUGUGUGAGCACCGAGGAAAAAAGAAUUGAGUUGCUGGAGCAAUUCAAUUUCCACUGGCAGAACAGCCGCUACAGGGACAUAAUUGAAGUGAAGGAAAGGUAUUCGGAGGAGCAAAAAGCCUACUUUGCCACUCCUCCAGCGGAGAGAUUCAGACUGCUAGGGCUGACACAAGAAGCCCAGAGAAGCACAUUUCAUUGAGUAACACGACUCCACGAAAGGACAGAGGCAUCCAAAAUAAAAUUCUCCAGAGAUUGUUUCAUUGAGCGGCGUGGUCCUGUACAUGGAGCGGGAAUGAGGAAAACAGCCAACAGCAGCCGCCUCCUUCAGGGUGGUUACGAAAGGGAAAGGGACAGCACAAAGGUCACCGCUGGAGUCUGCCCUGUUUCCUCUUCACUUGGGGUCAGCUUCUCAGAAAAAAACAGCGUCUGCAGGUCAAUUUUAAGCACUUAUCCAUUGUAUAGAGUUGCCAACUAAAAUCUUCAGAAAGAUGCUGAAUAAUGUCUAUGUGAGUGGAGUUUUUCCUCAUAUUAAGGUAACUGACUGAAAAAGUAAAUUCUCAUGGCCUUUUUCUAAGGUAGAUGAGGUUUCAAUUUAGAAUAUUUUUCAGUGCCGUGCCAGCACACACCGCAACUUUACUACCAUAGUUUCCUGUUGUGCUUUCCAUAUGCGGGAGAUCGUAAAACUGCACGCACAUAAAAACCAUUACAUGAAGCGUUGUCGCACGCACAAGCAAACGAGCAGAGAAAAUAAAGGAAAUAUUCAUGAUGUUCAUGUUACUUCUAUUGCUGGAUAAAACAUCUUCAUACAGAAACAUAACAUUUUUUUUUAGAUAACUGUGUCCUGUUAGAUUUGUUCAGAGCUUACAAUGGCACUAGGAAUCAGGAAUUAGUUUUAUCUUAGAGCACUUUGAGGCUCAGGCCUCAUUAAAUUAAUAUAUUAUAAUAAAUGAAAAUAAUACUUUUUGGUAGUUUUAUUACUUGACUGCAAUGCAAUGCUGCAAAUCACUAGGCACUUUCUCCCUUUCCUUGGAAUCAACAUGAUGAUGCAAAAACACUGACUUUGCAGAACUGAGCCCUUUCUUUUUAUUUUGUGUUUUGAUUCUUCAUACCUUUUGGAGACCCAAAUACUAAGGUUGCCCUCACAGUUAAGUCACAGCUUGAUACAGUUUUUCAUAGUCUAUAUACUAACUAAGCAUAAUCAAAACUCAGCAUAACGAGUUUGUUUUCCUGUAAACAGAGUAGAGAGCAUGUGAUUGCUGGGUUAGUUCAGUGCAUUUGCUGUUACAAAAAGUCUUUUGUUGCUUUCCAUGCUUUGUUCACCACAUCUGACUAAGGCAGACACCUGACUUAUUGUGCGAUAGUGGUAUUGUGAUUUUUAAUUUAAGCAAAAUAAUGAAAAUUGUUGAAAUUCUGUUCUUUUGUUAUAGAAUUACUUCUGGUUGAAAUGUUGAUUGACCUUCCAGAACUUUCCAACUGAACUGUAAUUUAACAGGGACUUGAGUUAAUGGUUCAUAUUAGUAACAUAUAAAAAAUACUGAUUCUCUUAGAAGGAUAAAUAAAAAAUGGAAUCAGAUUUAUCUUUUUAUGUUAUAAUUUAAAGUAAAAUAUUUGGCUAUUUGGGGGUUGAUUUCUUAGAAAUAUUUCAUAUUUUGUCUUAGUUCAUUUAUUAAACAGAUUGCCAUAGCCAUUUCAUUUCAAUUUUUGUAAUUUAUUUCUUCACAUGGUAUUUUG